AGGAAGAGGCGCUUAGGCUUACUGUUAGCGUCCGAAAAAAUAGAACCCGUUUUUCGGGUCAUUGUUUGGCGCGGUAAUAUUUGUAAGUGCAGUUUAAAAUGUCUGCAUGAACGGAAGACUUUAAAAGUUGGGGGUAACGCUAACGUAGCGGAAUAAACAGAGGGCCGAAGCUCCACACAUUCUGUAUCCUAGCAACGGCCGUGUUGGCGACGCAGCUUUACUGUGUUAGCCUAGCAUCGGUUUACGGUUGCAAGGUAAAGGAUGGAAAACGUUCAUCUUGCCGCAGAAGACGAAGAUGACUUGUACUCGGGUUACAAUGACUACAAUCCAACAUUUGACUCAGAGGAGCUGGACAAUGAUGUUGGCUUUCAGCAAGCCGUCAGGACCAGUCAUGGCAGACGACCUCCAAUGACUGCAAGGUUUCCUGGCACUGCCGUUGGUGGAAGACCCAUAGGAACCUCUUUUGGUUCACGGAUGCCCAUGGGCUCUUCAAUGGGAAGACCUACAACUGGAGCAGUACAGGAUGGGGCUGCUCGUCCUAUGACUGCAGUGCGGGCAGCAGGAUAUUCCUCCUCUUUGACCAGAGGUUCAACAUUUGAUCCACUUGGUCAAUCAAGAGGACCAGCUCCUCCAUUAGAAGCAAAAAAUGAAGACACUCCAGAGGAGAAGAUUAAGAUUCUGGAAAAGAAGGUGAAUGAUUUGAUAGAAGAAAGUUGCUUAGCCCAAGGAAAUGGGGAUCUGCAACUGGCUCUAGAAAAGGCCAAAGAAGCAGGUAGAAAAGAGCGGGCAUUGGUGAGACAAAGAGAACAAACUGGUACUGCAGACCAUAUCACUUUGGAUCUGACCUAUUCAGUGCUGUUUAAUCUGGCAAACCAGUAUGCCAAUAAUGACAUGAACACAGAGGCCUUGAACACUUACCAGGUCAUUGUGAAGAACAAGAUGUUCAAUAAUGCAGGACGGUUGAAAGUCAACAUGGGUAACAUCUACUUUAAACAGAAAAACUAUCCAAAGGCAAUUAAAUUUUACCGUAUGGCUUUAGACCAAAUCUCCAAUGCACACACAGAGAUGAGGAUCAAGAUCAUGCAGAACAUCGGUGUUUCUUUUAUACGAAUGGGCCAGUACUCAGAUGCCAUUACCUCCUUUGAUCAUAUUAUGAGUGAGAGCCCCAACAUAAAGACAGGCUUCAACCUAAUCCUCUGCUACUGUGCCAUUGGAGAUCGUGAGAGGAUGAAGAAAUCUUUCCAGAAACUGAUUUGUGUACCUCUUGGAAUUGAUGAGGAAGACAAGUAUAUCUCUCCAAAUGAUGACCCUCAUGCAAACUUAUUGAUAGAAGCCAUCAAGAAUGAUCAGCUGCACCAAAUGGAGCGAGAAAGGAAAGCAUUAGCUGAGAAGUACAUCAUGACCUCAGCAAAGCUUAUUGCCCCAGCCAUUGAGUCCACUUUUGCAGCUGGAUUUGACUGGUGUGUAGAUAUGGUUAAAAGUUCACAGUAUGUGGAGCUGGCGAAUGAUCUAGAGAUCAACAAAGCAAUCACCUAUCUGAGACAGAAGGAGUUCAACCAGGCUGUGGAGACGCUAAAGACUUUUGAGAAGAAAGACAGCCGGGUGAAGAGCGCUGCUGCUACUAACCUUUCCUUCCUCUACUUUUUGGAGAAAGACUAUGAUCAAGCUGACCGCUAUGCAGAUCUGGCCAUGAAUGCUGACCGCUACAACCCUGCUGCACUUAUUAACAAAGGCAACACAGUAUUUGUGAAGGAGGACUAUGAGAAAGCAGCUGAGUUCUAUAAAGAAGCUUUGCGGAAUGACUCUUCCUGCACAGAGGCUCUCUAUAACUUAGGAUUGACCUAUAAGAGACUGGGACGGCUGGAAGAAGCCCUGGACUGCUUUCUGAAGCUCCACGCCAUACUUAGGAACAGUGCUCAAGUCAUGUAUCAGCUGGCCAACCUAUAUGAGAUGUUGGAGGACCCUCACCAGGCUAUCGAAUGGCUCAUGCAGCUCAUCAGUGUCACUCCCACUGAUCCUCAUGUGCUGGCGAAACUGGGAGAGUUGUAUGACAACGAGGGCGAUAAGUCACAAGCCUUUCAGUACUAUUAUGAGUCUUUUAGAUAUUUUCCCUCAAACAUUGAGGUCAUUGAAUGGUUGGGAGCAUAUUAUAUUGAUACGCAGUUCUGUGAAAAGGCAAUUCAGUACUUUGAGAGAGCAACGCUCAUACAGCCCAACCACGUUGUAUGGCAGCUGAUGGUAGCUAGCUGCUACAGGAGGAGUGGAAAUUAUCAGAAAGCACUUGAGACGUAUAAGGACAUUCAUCGGAAAUUCCCGGAAAAUGUAGAAUGUCUUCGAUUCCUUGUGAGAUUAUGCACAGAUAUGGGCUUAAAGGAGGUGCAGGAUUAUGCCACCAAACUGAAGAAAGUGGAAAAAAUGAAGGAGAUCAGAGAGCAGAGGGUGAAGUCGGGGAGAGAAAGCAGUGCUCGAGGUCGGAGAGAAGGCAGUGCCAGCAGUGACAGUGGACAGAGCAGUCAUGGUGCCAGUGCCAAGGGUGAGCGGCUGAGUGUGAAGCUGAGGUCACUUCCAGGAUCCAAUGAACCAUAUGAAGCAAGCUCCCAAAGAGAUUUAGAUGCUUCUUAUGUUGAUCCCUUGGGACCGCAAAUGGAGAGACCAAAGACUGCAGCGAAGAAGCGCACAGAGGAAGACGAGUUUGCAGAUGAAGAGCUGGGGGAUGACUUACUGCCAGAGUGAUUACCCAUUUUUCUUGAAUUCUCUCAACAUUCCAUACACUUUUUUCUGUGGUAAAUCUGUAAGUAUAAUAUAUGUAGCUCUUAUGAGGCCAGAAUCUUACAGGGAGCAUUUUGUGCUUCCAGCUCACCUGAACACACCGUUGACUAAUACAGAUUCCAUAUGUAGUUCUGGGGUAUUUUAUUCAUAUGAUUUCACAUGGAAAUGUUUUUCCAUAUGAUUGUGUGGAACACCCGCAGACAUAUGGCCUAUUUGAAAAACUACAAAACAUACAAUAUACUUUUUAAAUAUUUAAACACACCACACACACUCUAGUGUACUAUAUACUGUAAUAUACUACUGUAUUUUAAAUAAAUGCUAUACAGUUGAA